UGGCAGCACUGCUACUUGGUUAAUGGCCAACUGUCACUUUUACGUUUUCCGCGCAACCGUUAUAAAGUGAAAAUAAUUUAUUCAAAAAUUUUUCUCGUGAAUUUCAAAAAUAAAGAAAGAAAUGGCCGGUGUGGUGCACAAAAAAAUCGCGGAACUCAAUGCAGAGCUCCAGAACGCUUUAAUCACCGCCAUUAUACUAACAAAAACAACACCAAACACAUUUCUUGCACGCGAUUCGAGUGAAUUUCGUGGCGUUAUCAGCUUUACGCUGCGCGACAGCAAACGGCACAUCAUCAAUUGCAAAGUUUGGGGCACCAAAGAGCUCGUCGCUGAAUAUAACCGUAAAUUCAAGAUUUAUGACGUCAUCGAUGUCAUCACACCAAGCGUUGUGCCCACGCUGGUGCAUGAUAAAUCCACUUUAGCGGAACAAGUGCGCUUUCAACCGUUGCCCACGGUGCCCUUCUCGCUGGUGUUAAAUGAAGGUCAAGGGCGGCUGGACAACAGCAACAACUACCGCGAUGUGUGCGCAUUUCGUGAGCUACACAAUUUGCGACGCGUGCCACACAAGCCGCUCUGCAGCGCGUUGAAACUGCAGGAUGUGCGUUGUGGCAUCAAGGAGUGUAGCGCUAAGGAGCAAUUUGUCGAUCUGUUAGUUUUGGUGGCUGCGCUACGUCCGGUUAAAGAGGUGCGCAGCAAACGCAGUGGUGAAGUGCUAAACUGUUUGGAAUUAGUUGUGAUAGAUGGCAGCUACAGUGAUGGUGUUAUACUGAGUAUUUGGCAGUCGGAUUGGAUACAACGCGCGCAACAGUAUUGGGAGGCAAUGCGCACAGUGUUGCAUUUGAUAGAAGUGAAGCUUAAUUACUCGGAAUUUUAUAAAAGCACUACAUUAGCAUUCACGGGACGCACUCUAGCUUAUGAGAAUCCAAUUGGCGCCGAAGUGGAUGCAUUAAUGCAGUUUGCAGCUACUCUAGCGACUAAGCCGUGGGAUACGUUGGCCUACACAAUGAACAAUCAAGUGGAUGCCGCUGAAAUAAAGACACAGAUGACCGUUAAGCAGCUCUACGCGCGCGCUGAGGGUCAACUCAAAGCUGACACUGAGCAAUUUACCGCUGUGCUCUAUGCCAUGUUGACACAUUUCGAUUUCGAUGGCAUUGGUCAGGUCAUCAGUCGCAGGUGCAAAUCUUGCCACGCCUUGUUGUCGCGUAAUCAGUCCAUAUGCGAUGCGCCUAAAUGCCAGCUAGAGUUUUCGCUGCAGCACGACGGCGUGCAGUACGAGUGUUUUUUCAACAUCAAUGUGCAGUUUAGCGAUCACACUGGCACCUUGUUGGAGACGCGGCUCUUGGGCGCUGUCGCCGAGCGCGUGCUGGCGCUGACGCCGCAAGCAUAUGAAGCGUUAAGUGAGCAGCAGAAAGCGGCGUGCAAAUGGAAAUUUUUAAUGGAUUACUUCGAGGUGAAGCUGCUGGUGCGCAAAGCGAGCGCUGUGCGUCGACAAAUGAGCGUUAUUGUGGUGGAUAUGCGCGCUGUGAACAUAGCAGAGUUGGCGGAGAAAAUAUGCGUUUUUUAAUAUCUAAAUAUUAGUUUUUUUCUACAUAAAUGCCGUUAUAAUAAAGUUUUCUCAUAAAAAAUA